AUGCAACCAUCGAGAAUGGUCGAAGACAAGCAGCAAAUUGCACCAAUAAAAUACGAAUAUUUAGACCAUACGGCUGAUAUUCAGUUGCACGGUUGGGGUGAUAAAUUAGAAGAAGCAAUUGAGCAGACCGUGACAGCGAUGUACGCUUAUAUGACUGAUAUAUGUACGGUAAAUUGUGAAUAUUCAUUUGAUAUGGAAGCUGAAGGGAUUGACUUAAUAUCGUUGAUGGCACGUAUUCUCGAUGAAGCGUUAUUUGCGUUUUCAACCGAACCAUUUUUUAUUGGUCGAAUCGUUGAGGUUCUGCAAUUGGAUCGGCAAAACUUCAAAUGUAAAAUACGCUGUUGGGGUGAAUCAUUCGAUUUAGCCAAGCAUCCACAGGGCACUGAAGUCAAGGCAAUCACCUAUUCGAAUAUGCAAAUCAAUGAAACGCCAGAAAAGACGGAUAUAUUCAUGGCCGCAGUGAACGUUGAAAAAUGCGUUUUCAAGAGAAAAUUGAAAAAGAUGAAAGAAGCAACACGGUUCAAGAAACGUAAAUCCAGUGAGUCGCAGCAACAGCUGAAUCAUAAUCAGGAAGAUGAUGUGAACGAAAGUGAGCAAAAGAAUGAAAUGGAUAAGUCGAUGGAGUGUAAAAGUGCAGUAGAUAACGAACAAAGUUCAUUGAUGCAGUCAUCGAAUCUGAAUAUAUACUUAUCAGAAUUGAAUUUUGAUUCGUUGAAAGAUGUUGUUUCUGAGUCAACCUUAUCAGCAAUUCGACAAAUGGGUUUUGAAACGAUGACUCAAAUUCAAGCUAAAUCCAUAAGACCGUUACUUGAGGGACGAGAUGUUUUGGGUGCAGCAAAGACAGGAAGUGGUAAAACAUUAGCAUUUCUUAUACCCGCAGUCGAAUUGUUGGUUAAGUUGGAGUGGAAAGCACGUAAUGGUACUGGUGCUAUUGUUAUUUCACCUACCAGAGAGUUGUCGAUGCAAACAUAUGGAGUGUUAUGUGAGUUACUCGAGAAGCAUCCUUCGAUAACGCACGGUCUCGUAAUGGGUGGUGCCAAUAGACAAGCUGAAGUGCAGAAGUUAGCUAAGGGUGUUAACUUCCUCAUUGCUACUCCUGGUCGUUUGUUGGAUCAUUUACAGAAUACUGAUGAUUUUGUGGUUAGAAAUUUGAAAUGUUUGAUAAUCGACGAAGCAGAUCGAAUUUUGGAUAUUGGUUUUGAAAUGGAAAUGCAGCAUAUAAUGCGUAUUCUGCCAAAGAAACGUCAAACAAUGCUGUUCUCUGCCACACAAACUGGAAAGGUGAACGAUUUGAUCAACUUGGCACUGCAAACGGAUGUACUUCGAAUUGGCAUCGAUUCAGAAGAAACACUUCAUGAAGAUGGUUCUGCCACUGUAUCUGGUUUACAACAGGUUUGCGCUAAUUUGCCAUCAUUUUUGUUCAUGAAAUUUCAUAAUGAGCUCUUCAAUUAUAUCGACAUUCCUGUGCAAUGCAUUCAUUUUAUUUCUCAAUGCGUUGUACAGGGUAAACAGAAGCAGCAAAAGCGUACAUGUACCUUCUUCUCAUUUUGUCAAGCCAAAUCCGGUAUUCUUUUCUGUACGGAUGUUGCGGCACGUGGUCUAGACAUACCUGAAGUUGACUGGAUUGUACAAUAUGACCCACCUGAUGAACCUCGUGAAUAUAUUCACAGAGUAGGAAGAACGGCAAGAGGUGCAGAUGCUACUGGUCAUGCGUUGUUACUUUUACGGCCUGAAGAACUUGGCUUCUUACGUUAUUUGAAACAAGCUCGUGUUGUUUUGAAUGAAUUCGAAUUUUCAUGGAGUAAAAUUGCUAAUAUUCAACCACAACUUGAAAAACUCAUCGAACAAAAUUAUUACUUGAAUAAAUCCGCUAAGGAAGCGUACAAGUGCUAUGUUCGCGCAUAUGAUUCGCAUUCGUUGAAAUCGAUCUUCAAUGUUGAAACAUUGGACUUGAACGCAGUUGCUAAAUCGUUCGCAUUCACUACGCCACCUUUCGUUGACUUACCGAUCAGUCAUAAACCGAAGGUUCAUUUCAUUUUACAAACGCAUUUAAAUUUCCUUUGUUCAUUCGUUUAUCAACUCUUCUUUUUUAUUCUUUAUGAACUUCUCCAUAAGAUUAUUUAUAUAGUUUAA